UUGGCGAUCUCCGUGAUGCACAAGGCGAGCUUUAAACAAGUUUCGCCCGGAUUCACUGUUUCUGGCAACGGAAGCACGUAUCGUCUGAACCGCAUACGUUGCAGCAGCUUCUGCCGACACGACAUCCUGUGUUACGUAUUUACUUGGGACACCACGACUGAAGAAUGUCGUAUUUUGACGUCUUUGGACCCGACAAAGCCUCGGGUCCCGGCCCCUACAACUCUCGAGACGUACUACCUCACAUCGGACCCACAAGGUUACAAUCCCGGACUUCUAACCUUCAUCGGUCUCCACAUUGAUCGUUGGACCGGAAUCCGUCAGCUUUGUAAAAACCGAGGAGGUGACUUAGCUUCUCCCGUCAACACGCAAUUUGCUUACAUGCUGUACGUUGUGACGAACGCCACUGACAUUGCUGUGGGCGUUACUCGUAAUACCACUACCCAAGUACUUUACGACAUUAAUAAUCACGAGUACAAUGUCUCCAGCUGGGAUGAGGGUGAGCCAGACGUUCCUGGACAGGGCAAUAUUUUUCUUAGGAGAGGCAAAUUUUGGGACAUCAAUAACGCGAACAGGACAUAUCAUGAAGUCCCGUGCCGUUUGCCAUGAAGGUUUAAUGUUGAUUCAAAGGCCGAAGAACGAAUUUAUUCAACGAAAAUAUCAUUGAAUUUAAUUGAAUAAAAUUUGGGAUCUUGACAACAUCUCAGAAGAGCGGUAAAAACGUUUAUCAAAAUUAAUAAUUCUAACGAUAACUUUCCGCCUUCGUUUUAAAUUGAGCCACUAAUUUGAAACUCAGGCAAUGCGCUGUUUUAAUGAAUGUAUCCUUAUAAUGGCAAACCAAUGCAAAAUACCGGAAGUAUUUUCAAGCAAUGCGUAGAUGGCUUUGAAAAUAAUUAUAGUAAAAUAUAACUUGCGCAUUUUAUGAACAAAAAGAUGCGAAUGCGCGCAUCAUCGACACCAGAUCAUUUGGGCUCAUGGCAAUUAUUCCAGAUCGUCGUUUUCUGCUCUUGUAAUAUGGGUAGGGUUUGUCUUGUGGAAUAUUUACGGGAACACAAACACUUUUGUUUUUCCUCUACACUAACGCAUGAAUAUAAUAUUGGUUGAUUAUUAUUUAUUGGUAAAUUAAUUUAUAGACGUGGAUGAAAAUGAAGCAGAAGUGAAUGCUGAUGAAGUUAUAUUUGCAUGGCCGUUAAUAUUAUUUUUGUUAAAUUUAAUGUUAUAGUUUCCAGCACUGUUAGGUUGCACUUGCAGGCAGUAGUUUAGUUUACGAUUGUUUACUGGUAACGAUCUCCUCCCUUGGGCUAGAAACUUAGACAUGUAUAUAACAUUGUAGUGAGGUUGCCUACUGAUCGUUGAUAUCGCAAAUCACCGUUCUUGAAUGAUCGUUGAUAUUAUGCGUCAGGGUUCUAAACUCAACGUUGAUAUUGCGAAACAGGGUUCUUAACUGAUCGUUGAUCUUUCAAGUCCGGCUGUUAAUUGAUCAUUAUUAUUGAGCAUCAGGGUUCUUAACUGAUCGCUCAUGCUGAACGGUGGGGUUGUUGACUGAAAGAUGAUGUUCAUCGUUUACUAAUUGUUGAUGUGUUACUUCAGGGUAAUUAUAACUAAUAAUCAAUGUUGGUCAUCCUUGUCGUUAACGAAUCAUUCAUGUCACGCACGACUGUGGUUUAGCGCACGUCGAUAUUGACGAGGCCGUUGUCGGUGCGGUCGGCGAGGGUGGCCAGACCGUCGGCCUGCACCUGACGCGUGUCCGAGCAGCCGCCCGUAGCGGUCCAGUGCCAUGUCCAGGUGCCCUGACAUGACCACGACAAGAAGUUAAAUCAAAAUCGUUCUCUUAUCAAAAUAAAACACUAUAAUAA